AUCGCGGACCCCCGGGGCCUGGGUCGCCGCCACGAGGCCUGGAGGCGGCCCCCAACCCCCUGUGAAGCGCUGCAGAGUCAAGGGCCCCUUCUGCCAACUCAGCCCGAAGUGGCGGAGGGACAAAGAACCCGGCCGCGCGACCUCUUCAGGUUCUCCCGCCGAGCGCCCACAGGGAGCCAAUCGCGUGCGCGAGACGCAGUGAGGUCACUGGCUGCUGGGCAGAGUCCGGAGCGGCGUCCGGCGGAGCCGGGAACUUGGCGGAGAGUCCGGCGCACUUGCCCCCGGGCGCCGGGGAGAGAACGAGGGGGGGCUCCGGCGCCCAGGCGGCGGCAUCGGGGGCGCGGGACUGAAAAGAGAAGUGGGACGUGGGUUUGGGGUCGCGGAGAAGAAAGGGGGCGGAAUGAGGGAAAGAAUGGCCGAAUCAGAAGGAAAGGGGAGGCGGGAGGGGCAGGAGGGCUGCGGGUCCCGGCGUCCCCGAGCUGCACGGCCUCGGCGGGCGCGCUCCCCGCUCCCCCGCUGCCCGGGGACCUCUGCUGAAGAUGGCCGGAAACUGCGCGGGCCGGGGGAGCGCUGAUGCCCCGAGGCGGCGGGAGCUGGGGCCGAGGAGCAACAGGUAGGGAGGGGCGGGCCGGAAGGCGGGCGCGGAAAGUGCUGACGCCGAGGCGGGAGGGCCGGGCACCCGGAGAGGCGGCCCGGAGAGGCAACUUCUGUGCGCAUCGAGGGCGGAGGCGACCUGCAGCUGGUGAGUGUUUCGUAUUAUUUUCCACGCUGUGUUUGUGGGUGCUUCAACACCCAGCAGAAAGCCAAACUGCUGGUGCGGAAGCCUGGGUGAUGGCAGGACAAGGGGCAGCCGGAGACAGGGCCGUGCCCGGCCCGCAGUGUUGGUACCCCGCGCGCAAAGUAUGCCCUACCUGGGCCUCUGUGCCGAUGAACGGAGGGAACAGCCGUCCCACACCUCGGCACAGGACUUUGCGUUUGCCGAGACGAUGUUCAGUCUUGAAUUUGUUUAAUUUCAGAACAGCCUGUGAGACAGGAGGUCAGACGGAAUCCCGUUUUAGAGGGAUGGAGAGGGAAGGAGAGCAGAGGCUGUAGCUCUGUCCUACCCCACCAGAGAUUCCGGGACUGGGGAAAUGACCACCUUCACAUCCCUCCCAUCCUCUGAGGACCCAGGACCCACAGUAUUGAGGAAAGCUUGGGUGCAGCCGGCUGGUUGGAUCUCCACUCCAGAUUUUCCAGCUGUCCCUGUCCCCCCCACCGUCAGAGAGCGGGAUGCUCAGAUGGCUCGGUGAUGCAGAAGAAAGAAGACAGACUGGACUUCUCUAGCUGGUGGAGGACUUCAGGGGGUGAUGGUCCCUCUGUGCCUUAGCAGGGGAGCUUCAUCCCAGCCAGGGAAUCAUUCCAGUCUGUGCACAAGAAAAAGGCAGCUGGGAAUAGAAGGAGCAGAGGCCUGGAUUCAGAAGACUUGAGUUUAGACCUUCUUACUUCCUUUUAACUAUCUGUGGUUUGGGGCUGACCCCAGAGUUGUGAGAUGGAAAGUAAAUACAGAGAAAUCCUGUUGUUAAUCGGCCUGGAUAACAUCACUGAUGAGGAACUGGACAGAUUUAAGUUCUUUCUUCCAGAUGAGUUUGAGGUUUCCGCAGGUAAACUAGAAAAUGCAAGCAGGACGGAGUUAGCUAACCUGAUGAUCCAAAACGUUGGUGUCGCCUCUGCCAUGCAGAAGACCAUACGGAUUUUCCAGAAGUUGAAUUAUAGGCAUGUGGCCAAAUGCCUUCAGGAAGAGAAGGAAAAAGUUGAUAAGAAAUGCAAAAUGGAAAAAGGAACAAAGCUAGUGAAAAAGAAUCAAGCUGCAGUGAAUCCUGGGGUCUCUGCAGCCCCCAGAAAGGACGUUGGGCACCAACAUGUUGCACCCAAGGCCUCGCUUCCUGUUCAGCCUAAGCAGAAACACACAGUGGCCCAGCAAGCUUCUAUCAGAAAAGAAGGGUUGCAGAAAAACCCUAUGACAGUCAUGGUGCUGAAGGCAAUGAAGCCAUUUGAAUUUGAGGCCCAGGAAGGGAAACAAGAGAUGUUCCAUGCUACAGUGGCUACCGACAGUCAAUUCUUUUUUGUAAAAGUUUUCAAUCCAGAGCUCAAAGAUAAAUUCACUCCAAAGAAAGUAAUUCUAAUAUCAAAAUAUUAUUGGCACACUCAUUUCCUGGAAGUGAACCGUGCCUCCCUGGUUUUUGAUGCUGCAUCUGACCAGCAGGUCAGUGUCCCAAAGACCGUUAUCAGAAAAGCUGGUGAAACCCCAAAGAUCAGUAAGCUUCAAACUCAGCCCCUUGGGACAAUUGUGAAUGGACUGUUUGUAGUUCAGAAGAUAACGGAACAGAAGAAUCGCAUAUUAUUUGACCUCAGUGACAACACAGGGAGGAUGGAAGUAUUGGUGUUUGGAAAACAGAACGAAAUCAAAUGUGAGGAAGGGGAUAAACUUCGACUUACGUUCUUUGAGCUGUCAAGAACUGGAGAAAAACUACAGCUGAAGUCUGGAGCACACAGCGUCAUUAAGGUUAUUAAGGCCAGAAAUUUGAACUGAAAGGAAUUAACUCAGAUCCACUGGUCUAAAUGGCAUUUAAAUGAGGAGCACCUGAAGCCUCAUGAACUGACUGAGAGCCCCUGGGAGCGCAGGCUCCUCCUCCCCCACCCCCAGCUCGGUCGGGAUGGCAUCGUUGCUGGAUAAACAACCCAUCAUAUUAUCACAAUCAAAGUUUAUUUCUCAUCCAUUGCAUACCUACCAAUUUAAAGUCAAAUUUAGUUUGGGGUAAGGAUAAGCCAGGCUAUGCUCUAUGAAGGUGUUCACAGAUAUUGUAGUUGUUCAGUAAAUAUCAGUUGAAUGAAUAAAGUGAUUAAUGAGAAAUAUUUACUAUAUGUAAUUGUACAAGUCAGUGUAAGCUAAAGUUAUAAAUAACCAAAUUCACAGGGGCGCAAAUAUGAAAGGCUUGCAACAUAGAAACAUUGUCGAGGUCACUAAUAAUCUGAGACAUGAUUAAAUAAUGAAUAAGACUCUGCCGCUAUGUAGAAAGCAGAGACUUAGAAAGAAGCUUGCUCCCACCCUCCCAGCAAUGAAGUGAAACCAGAUAAUCUGCAAAAUCACAAUGUUUUCCGAGCCUAUCGGAGAGCCGAGCUGUAGAGCAGGGAUCUGAUCAAGCAAUGUAAGGAGAGAGAGAGACUCCUCCAAAGACAGAAAAGGUGCCCGCACCGGCUCACCUGCAGUGGAUGACGGACACUAAAGACCCCACAAGAUAGAAUUCAACUACAAUUUUUAAUGAAUUGCCUGAGCUUGGCCUUGGGCUGGCAUGAAAAUACAGAACCACUGGGUUCUACAUUCAUCCUCAGUGACAGGAACUUCCCCAUGGCUCUCACUGGAUGAUUGUGGAUACAGUUAAGAGCAGGUCUGGGGGAGGGAAAGACUGACCCCUAUGGGAAAGAUGUGAACUCCCACCUGGACCCUGCCCACAGCACAAAAAAUCCCCCAGUGCAAGAGAAGCAAAUCUGUCUUGAGGGCAGAGAUGAAGGCCUGUUGAGCAGAGGGAGGAAAAGGUUGUUCUGAGCAAAAGGCAGAAGUAAGUUCUAGAUGCAGAAUGGAAAAAGUUCUCCUACAUCUGGGGGAGGGACAGGGUCAAGGGUAAAAGUCUCCCCUGCCUCCCCUCCCCCCCACAAGAUUUAGGGACACAACACCUGCCAAAGGCUGAGGCAGAACCCAGACAGUAGAGAAAUCUCCCCUCGCUUCUCCCGAAACCUACUACCUGGCUGAACACGCCUCGGAUAACAAGCACAGCAGUUCACUACUAGACGAUGGUCAAGAGCGUGGAAAGAAGCAUUUUCGUAGGUUCAGGUGCAGGGUGAAGACUUAAUGGUACAGCGCUAGGGGAAUGUUAAGUAUGUGGUGCACAGAGAGUGGGUAACAACAGAUCUCAAAGCUUGGUUCUAGUCCCGAUCAGAUUGAUUCAAUCACUGUGGUAAGCAUAGCAAAAGACAGUCCACGCUGUUUCUAGGCAUAAAUACUAUGUACAAUCAGUCUCACAGAUGGCUUUUAAUACAAAUUGUGAGGCACACAGAGAAACAGAAGGAAGAAAAAUGGCAAAACAAAUGAAGAAAAUGAGAGUCAGACAUGGUAUAGAUGUUGGAACUAUCAAACAGGAUACUUAAAAUAGAAAACAUGCAUCAUCAGAUGGACAAUUUCAGUAGAAAAGUGGAAAUUAAGAAAGUCAAAGAAAUGCUGGAAAUGGAAAACAGUUACAGAGAUGAAGAAUGGAUAAUCAGUAAACUUGAUACAGCAUCUGACACAGGAAGCAAUCAAUGAACUAAAUUACUCAAAUGGAAGCAUAAAGAGAAAACUAGAAAAAAGAAAAGAACAGAGUAGGAGAUAAGGGACAAGAUCAGGCAGUUAAAAAAUAUCUGUAACAGGAAUUUCAGGAAGAGAACAGAAAAAUAAACAGGCGAAAGGAUAUUUGAAAGGAGCUGAAGGCAAAGAGGUUUUCAAACCUAGUAACAGACAAGUUACCACAGAUCCCAACAGCUCAGAGAAUACCAAGCAGAAAAGAAAAUAGUCGUAAAUAAUCAUAAAUAAACUGUGGUAAGAAGCCAAGGAGACAAAGUUUCUAUUGAGGCUUCAGGAAUGGAAUGUAGAGGAAUCAGAGUGCUUGAGGUUGAAACAAUGUAGCCAUGUGCCCCCCUCCCCCACCAGGGACCCGGUGAUCGGGAACAGCUUGUUGGUCAUAGCCAUGGAGGCCCAUUAGUUUAUAGUAGGGUAUCUGGGUAACCUUUACAGAGAUAGGUUAAAAUAUAACUAGCAUCCUGAGUACACCUAUAGUGACCUAAUAGCUCCCACUGCAACGUUCCCUAGGUUCACUCCCCCUUAACCCUGCAGUGAAUGUAUAAAAGGCAUGGCCCUGCUGCGCUCGGGGCUGAGCCAGUGCCUGGCCUGGCACUAAUAAACACUGCUUCUCACUAAUGUCUCCGUGUCCCGACGCCUCAUUUGUAGUUCCCGCAGUUCUGCAACAAAAUCACACACACACGUAGGUAUAUCAUAAUCCAUAUUCUGUCCAGUGGGAUGGCUUCAUCCAACCAUCACCAACCCAGUUAGUCUCAUUUUUUUUGUAUUCAACCACCAGUGAAAGCUCAGCUUGACAAGUCAGGACAUCUGACUCCACAUGUUGGAGGAGAAAACUGAACAAAAAUUUGAGGGUUUACAUUAUGUAACUUGACCAAUCCAGUCAUAAUUGUUCCUGAAGCUUGUUUUUGAAUAAAAUUAAUCUUGGAAGUUUUGUUUUGUCGUAUAGAUAAUAGAAUAGUAAAUUCAAAUAUAUCUUUAACCACUAAAUGGCCAAAGAAAGUGAAAAUUGUUUUUAAAAAAAUCGCGAAUAGAAUUGAAAAUGGAGACUGAAUACCACUAGAAGCGGAAACAUCAAACUGCUUUUAGUUAUAACUAGUGUUCCCUGGGCCAUUUGGAGUGUCCAACUCAUAGAGCCCAUUUCCAAGAAAUGAUGCAGUGUUAUAAAGAGUGACCAAGACAGCUGGGAGACUGUGCUGAGUCCCUAAAUGCAAACAAUGUCUGGCCACUCUGGUUAGAGCCAGAGCCUUGAACAUGAAAAAAGAGCACUUCUCAUUGUCAAGGCUCUAGGAGCCAGCAUCCUAACAGAAAACCUGGGAGCAGAUUGGCUGUGUCCCCGUCUGUCACUGCAGUGGCAGGGGAUCCUAUGAGUUGCAUCAGAAUCCUUCAUGAAGAGAAGUGCUUGAUCUGCAGGAGGAAGUGGGAAAGGCAAGGACGGACCACGGGCUUCAUAGAAACAGGUCCACAGAGCAUUGCUGGCUGCUUCCGCCGACCAGAAGUACUCGGAAUGGAUGAGCUAGGCUAUUACCCGGGCAGUCUCCGGCGGGUGAUUGGAUCUUGGUUCUGUGUGACUUCUCAUCAGUGUGACAAAUUUACCAAUUUACCGUAACAUAGGAAAGCACUUUCCUCAAAUAACAUCACAGGACAAUGGAGGAUAUGAGUAUGUUCAUUCCAGACGUAACUGUAAUAGAGGAUAUAGAAAAUUCGUACUAGAUGGAAUUAUUAUUUUUUUU